AUGUCAGCUGCUCGCAAUCGGACUACAGAUAACGUACUAGCCAACUUCAAAGCCAUCCUGGACAUUGCAUCUUCUGCUCCCGUACCUAUUCUCGGACCGGUGCUGUCAGCGGCCACCAAAGUUUUGGCUGAAGUCGAAACUGCCAGGGUGCUCAAGGAAUCAUGCAUUAUUCUCGCGAUGAGGGCAACAAGCAUUGUUUAUUCAAUUUAUGUUGGGGUCAUGAAUCAAGCCCCACCAUCCACAAUAUCUGAGUUGAACAUCAUUAGUUUAUCCGAGACACUCCUUGACAUAGCAAAUCUUAUGCGUCAACUAUCCCGGGUCUCAUGGUUCAUGUUUUUAUUGAAGCGGUUCUCCAUCCGUCAGCAAAUCGAUAUACAGACAGCGCGCCUCGAAGAUGCAUUCAAGUCUUUUCAAAUAAAAGAAACACUUCAUAAUUCUUCUGUACUUCAAAGUCUCAGUCAACGACUCCAGGGAAAUCAGGAUUCCGAAGUCAUUCCGUCAAGCCAAAUUGAGGAUGAUAUAGAUAUGAACGCCCGUGGAUUCAAUUAUGGCACCCUAAUCCGUGGGCGACACAACAACAAAGUGAUCAUUUGCAAGCGAUACCACUAUGACGACGAGGAUUCACUAAAGGAGUUCCUUCGGGAGAAGGCGACAUGGAUGGUCUUAAGUCUAGGCAUCCCGGCAUCGUUCGAUAUCUGGGAUGUUCACCCGCCGACCAUCCCCAUCCAUACGUCGUACUAUCAGACGGUGAUUAAAUACUCCCUCCCUAUUCAACUCCACUUAAUCCUAUUGACUAUAGCUCAAUACGGCAAUGCAGCUCUUGUCUUUCGUCAGCGUCUAGAGCAGCAAAGCGUGGGUGCGUCGUUUCUUAAUGCUCUAAGUAUUGUGAGCCGAUCUUCUUCUUCACAUAUACUACAUAUAGGAACCCACUUUCAACUCCAUCCUACCGAGUUGGAUGAAUUUGCAAAGGUGUCUAACAUCAUGGUGGAUCAACAAGGGUCCCCAGUCCUCGGCCGCAAUAUCGUGAUGAAAGCGCCAGAAAGGGGGAAGCCACGUAAAGAUCAACUCGACAGGCUUCUAGGGUUGUUCUAUAUGCUCGUGGAACAGCUUUUCUUUGAUGAUCAACCCGUGUUCCCGUUCGAAUGUUGGAAAGCAGUGGGAGAAUGCCGGCCAUUCGCACACUUGAGGCCCUUACUACGACUUGCCGCAUGGGAUCCAUGCGUUGAUUUUUCCAACAUGGUGCAACGAAUACUAGAUCUCAGUGACAGUCUUGGCGCCCUCUCCCCGCCCUCAACGGUCUCGUUUCCUACCAUACGCAAAAGGCUUUUGGCUGUUGAAGGUUUGCAACAUUUUAUGUACAUUCGCCCGAGGCAAGCAUGGGCAGCCAAACUGUUCGACAUUGGCUACGUUCGACAGGAACAGUUUGUUCGCCUGGUGAAUAUCCAAGACACCUCUCACCUAGAUAAUCAUACGCUAGCCAUCAUUGAAGACCAAGUAACGCUCGCUCUCCCGAGCGUUCAGGACGAUGACAUAGUGAACUUGCCUGGGAACAUAACAAGGUACACAUUUCGAAACACCGAUAAUGCUUCUAUACAGCGUCGUUUGAAUGGGCGCAUGCUUGCUGAUAGCGCGGGGGCGAUUCAACUCCUCCUACGGUUGGCACCGCAGGUGAUUCGUGAAUACGGCCAAGGUCAUGGUGAGCUGCGCCUCUCGGACCUGAUCUUAGUCUGCGGUACCAUUGAUUAUCCUUCAGGCGCUGGUAUUACGUUUCAGGCCACACCUCCAGAAGAGUUCUACUUCUAUGAACUACCCGUUCGAAGCGAACCUUGGGGCUUUUGGUCCUUAUCUGCAGGCCUGGAGGGUCAAUCGUUAGAUGCCACGUACAUUACUAGUAGUAUCCAGAGUAUUUCGUUUGUCCAGCUUGAAGUUGAAGACUUCGAUGCGUAG